AUGCCUUGUAAUGCCUGAUAACAGCCAGGAGGUGGCAGUGAGUGCACACUAUCUGCACACACGUAUAUUUCCUUUCGUAGCAUGAGCAUCUCUGUCUCAAUACUAACUUAUUUAAUGCUGUAAUUUAAAAACAUAAGAACGUGCACUUAAAUUACAUUUUGAAAUGAACACAAACAAAUCGUAUUUCUAUAUUUAUUGGUUUAUAUGCACAUAAUAAAAUUAUUAUUUUUUUUUAAACGUGUGUCUUAAUGAAAGAAUCUCAAUCGUGCACAAAUAUUCUAAAUACCAUUGUUAAAUUCUAAAACAGGCUGUAUAAAUAGACUCACACAAAUAACGAUGCAGCAAAUUGUUUAGCUACACCAAAAUUUAAAUGUAUGCCUUUUGACGAUUGUUCACGUUUAUACCUAAACUGAUCAACAAAUCAAUUUCAGACAGUAAAGUCUUUACAAACUGAGUAGGACUGGGUGUGUCAUGGUUCUGAGCCAAAGAGAAGGCUUAUAAGGAAAUGUGCCCCUAUUUCUGAUAGUGUGUAUCUUUGGCACAAUGUGAAGCAUUGCUCGUGUACUCCGGAACGCAUUUGUGUAUGUAGUUUAUACGAGUGCUUAGCUUACACUGGCACAACAGAGGUUUCUUAACUACGGUUCCCAUAAUCCCCAGCCAGCCUUGAGGGAAAGGUCGUUCGUAGAUAUCUAGGUUACUGAGGUAAAACAUUACUAAUUCAUUCACUUAUGGCUGGUGUUAUCUGCCAUUAAAAUUGCUGGAUCAUAUAUUUCUAAUAAAUUUGAAAACCCUUGGGUGGUAUAAUAUCGCGAUGGGUGGGAGGCCUUCUGAGGGCGCUGCCAGUGAUCCAAUUACUGGUAGGGCAGCUGCUGAAACGCUGUCUGCUUGGUCCUAGUCCCUGCUCCAUGGCACAAACAUGUCUAAUGAUGUGCCCUCACUGCGCUGCCCUAGGAGAGUUCCCUGGUGUCCCUGAAAGCAAACUAAAUCUGGACAGACCCCCCAAAUUAGGACUGUCUCCCAAAAGCAGGACCAUUGGGUGUCCUGUACCUAUCCAAGUUUCCCAGUUUUGAGGUCCUGUCCUGCUAAAAUGUUUAUUUUUCCCUUAGCAACCACAGAGUGAGAUCCUCAUUAGAUGCAUUGGUGCUGCAAAAACCACACCCAGGGCAUUCAGCCCACGAACAGAGCACUUCAACAACACCCUGCGCAUGUGCAGCCUGAGUCUGUCUGGCCAGUGUAAUGACCACCUACCCCGUUACAAUUUCAUACCUCCUAAUUAUGUGAAAACUGAAGCCCUUUAG